GUUCCGCCGUAGGCCUUGUUCCAUUCAACCCACGCAAUGUCUUCUCCGCGCGCAGUCUCGGCUCGCCAGCGCAAGCCUGCGGUCGAGGAUACAGAGGCUCGCGCCCAAUCCGAGACGAAGCGGAGGAAGAUCCGGAAGGGAACCCACAGCUGCUGGGAGUGUAAGCGGCGGAAGAUGAAGUGCAUCUUUGACCCACUCGUGAAUGGCUCCUGUAACGGCUGUCGGCGACGGGGAUCCAAAUGUGUCGGUGAGGAGUUUUCUGAGGAGGUCUCACCGCACUUGGACAAGACAGAUCGCGUUAUGAGGGUUGAAACUCUGGUUGAUCAAUUGAUUCAGCAGACUGGGGGUAACGGUACAACUUCCGACAGACGAACACCCAUGACGCCAAGCGAAGAUGGUAGAAGAACGGACCCUGUCCUUCUCACUCCCGCCUCAAUGGACUCGGAGUCACUGCCAUUUCUAGCCUUCUAUAAAUCCUCCAAUGAUCGCACAAUCAAAACGGGAAGCCCUCCAGCUGAUUCCGAACUGAACAAUCCCCAAUCUGCUGGCUUUGCUCAAGCCCCGCAAGGGAAAUACGAGAAGCUGUCUCAGUUUCUGCAUAAAUCACUACCCUCGCGAGAGUAUACGGAGAAGAUCCUCAAAGCCAACCACCGCCAUUCCGUUCUCGCCUAUGAAAUAUUGUCAAUUUCAUACACUACCCUGGAGCAGACCGGCCUGAAAACGCCCGACACUCUGCUAGACAUACCCGGACGGAAUAUCCAUCCUGUUCUGAUAGCGAGGUAUAUGCUCCAGCUAGCCAUCUUCCUGCAGCAUCUCAGCCCGGAUCUCCACGAGGAUAUGGAAGGGUUAUCGGAACCGCCGCGCGCAACCAUGCAACGACUGGCAGAUCUCGCCAUCAGUCUUGUCACGACAAAUGAAGACCUUCUUGGCAGUAUCGAAGGCCUCGAGUGCGUCAUGAUCGAGAGCAUGUAUCAGGCGAAUAUCGGGAACCUCCGACGCAGUUGGGUAGCAGGUCGGAGAGCGAUGGGUAUUGCACAGCUAAUGGGCCUCAACCGAUCGGAUCGCGCACAGUACAAGGUGCUUGAUCCUAAGUCGAAGCAUCGCCCGCAACACAUGUGGUUCCGGAUUCUCUUUUUAGACCACCACCUAAGUCUCAUGUUAGGCCUUCCUCAGGGUUCCCUCGAUCGCGGUGUAGCUUCAGAUGCGAUGCUUGCCAAUGACACUCCUCUAGGACGCCUUGAGCGAAUACACUGCGCUCUUGCUUCCCGGAUCCUAGAGCGUAACGAAUCCAACAUCAGCUCCCAUCACCUCACCGUAACGCGAACCCUCGACGUGGAGCUACAGAGAGCGGCCAGAAGCCUCCCCAGCAAGUGGUGGCUAGCACCAGACCUAGCAACGGCCUCGCUCGACUCGCAAGCUCUAUUCUGGGAAAUGCAGCGCCUCUUCGCGCAGGUUCUACACUAUAACCUUUUGAACCAGCUCCAUCUGCCUUAUAUGCUUCGCUCCUCGUCGACCGAGCGCAAAUACGAGUACUCCCGCAUUACUUGCGUGAAUGCCUCGCGGGAAGUGCUGUCGCGAUUCAUCACACUGCGCAGUUUCAACCGAAUCGCCUUCAGCUGUCGCAUGGUCGACUUCCUGGCUCUCAUGGCCGCCAUGACGUUGCUGCUCGCCCACCUAGACAGUCACCGUUCUUCAGGAGCUGAGAACCUCCUGGCUCACCAGUAUCUUAGCGAUCGCGCCAUGAUCGAACAGGCGCAGGAAAAUAUGAAGGAGAUUAAUCGCCUCAACUCAGAUGCGCUGAGUGCACAGAGCGCCGACCUGCUGCGUCGGCUGCUGGCCAUCGAGAUUGACACGGCGGAUGACGAUUCAAGUCAAGGCGGGAGAGUCAGUGUGCAGGAAGCAGGGGCCGAGACGACAUUGCCAGGCCAGGAUGACGAUGGUAUUGUGAGCGUACACAUUCCUUACUUUGGCAUUAUCAAGAUUGCUCGCGAGGGCGUGAGCAGGGAGGUUCCCAACGUCCACGUUACUGCAGCAACUAAUCGCCAAACUCAGCCGCCGGUAGUGGGCAAGCCCGGUCCAAACAGCGCGGAAACAUUGCGUGCAGAGCCUGCGGUGUGUCUCUCUGGGUUACCUGGACCCGGUGGAAGUGGAAAUACUGAGGGAAUGAGGCCCGUUAUUCAGUGCUACAGCUAUCUUGAGGCACCUUCAAUCGUGUCGCCAAACGUGUCAGAUACACACGAGGCUCUCGCGCAGGGAGCGGAGGCUUCAAUCCCGUCCACUGACGUCAUCGACGGUGCUUCACAAUUCGGGCCGCAGCUCCAGAAUGGCCUCUCUGAACUUCUCUUACAACAUGGCGAUUGUCCCGGAUUGACUGCCGGAGGGGAAGACUGGGCCUUCCAGGGUGUUGACAUGGCCUUCUUCGAUAGCCUGAUGAGGAGCACGGGAAGUGAGGGGAAUAAAGGUGCCGAGUGGACAAGGUGACGCGAGUAAGCUUGAGCAGUAAGACAUGAAGCAAAAACGGGCGAAGCGCAGCACAAAGGACCAGCCAAGAGAUGGCGGUAAGAGCUGAAGACAGAGAAUAAGCGGGAAGGGUGCGAUGCAAGGGCGCAGUGUCUCAACAGCACACGCAUUGUCAGAGUGAGAUGAAUGUUAGACUACAAGGCACGAUGUCAGCCUGCUGUCUUACUACGAGGCGGUCAGGCUGUCGAAGACACAGCAGCCGACUCUUGGUCUCACAGCCCGUAGCAAUGAGACAGACGAGCCCUUUACGAGAGUGGGAGUUGGGC